AUGGCGACGUUCCUUGGCCGCAAUGCAUUUUGGGCCCGUUUCCGGCCUCUUAUCCGACUGGGCAGUUGUGCGACCCUCGGGCGGUUCCAAGCCAACGUGUAUCGAAGAGCCGGUUUCCCCGACCCUUUCUUCCUCACAAACUCAGGUCAGCUCUACUCCAUGGUUUUAGUUUGGACAGGAGUCCUCUUGUGGCAACCCCCGUCCUGCUUUCUGCCCUCCAUGGACCCGUGCCGCCCGUAUUCUCCUUGCCCCCUGGCGUUUGCCGCCCCAUCCUCCGUCGCCAGGAUACACAAUUCGGCCCCCAGGAGUCAUACACGAGGGAUACCAAACAGGCUCGGAUUCUACGCCGAGAAGCUCAAAGACACGUGGGAGGGUGGACGGGCGACUCGCGUGGCGCCGCGCGCCCCUUUGACCGAGCCUUGUUGUCGAGUAUGGCAAGGACGAACCGAGCAGAAGGCACCGAAGCUGGCUUCGUUUCCGGAUUGA